AUGGUGAGCUGCGGGACGACCCUGCCGCUGGACGACGUGAUGCUGCUGCUACAGGGCGACGUGCUGCUGCUGCUGCUGGAUGCUAAGGAAGUGGUGCUGGACGAUGUGCUGCUGCUGGUCGCCGAUGCUCCCAAUGGCAAGAAGGCGCUUGUACGCCACGAUGCGCCCGUCGAGGAUGCCGGCUUUGUGCAGCGGUCGAAGCGCACGAAGGACGCUCCCAGAUCCUUUCGCGUUAACAUUCUGGGUCUUCAAGAAGGCAAGCAAGCCCUUCUCAGCCCGGCGACCGGCGUCGAGGACUUGAUCCUUGUAGUCUUCAGCCUCGACAUCAAGCGUCCAGCCGCCGACGAUGAAGAGCUUCAUGAAGGCCACCACUUGGCGCGAUUCCGACUUUUUCUGACAGUCAGCACAGCUCCACACUGGAGGUACUUUCGUGUACCACUCGAACCAAGUGGCUGA